UUUUUGACAACCACUUUUAUAGAAUCUCGUAGAAGACAAUCUGUCCAUUUCUUUUCUUCUACAAUUCCAUCUUUUGUAGAAUAACCUCAAUUAUCACAUCUCACAUCGAUUCCUAUACACUCUACAACCAUGACGAGUUUCCUAGGUAAUAACAAAGGUCUGGUCGACUUUGACCAGAAAAGCCUCGCAAUUGCGGCAGCAUCUAUUGCUUUCAAUCCUAUUUUCUGGAACACUGUCGCUCGUCAAGAAUAUCAUAACAAAGUCCUCACGAAACUCUUCAAUGGAAACUCAAGAUAUGGAUGUUACUUCCUCGCCAUCACCAUCUUCUCCCUCGGGAUCUUCCGCGAUUUCCUCUAUGAACGCGCCCUUCGCUCUCAACCUACUCAUCCAUUACUACUCUCUCCACUUGUUCACUAUGCAUCUUAUGCACUCCUUCUUGCCGGUAACACACUCGUCUUGAGUUCCAUGUGGGCUCUUGGUGUCACGGGUACAUAUCUUGGUGAUUAUUUUGGAAUCUUGAUGGAUAAGAUGGUGACGGGCUUUCCAUUCAAUGUCAGUAGUGCACCAAUGUAUUAUGGAAGCACAAUGAGUUUCUUGGGUACAGCACUUCUGUGGGGAAAGCCUGCGGGCAUCUUACUCACGGUCGAGGUGUUGGUGGUUUAUCUUUUGGCACUGAGAUUUGAGGAUCCAUUUACAGCUGAAAUUUAUGCCAAGCGGGAAAGAGAGAGAAGUGGGAAGAAGGGUAAGAAGGGGUUGUGAACGAUUCGUGGGGGUCGCGAGAGACAAGUUGUACAGGUGUGAACGGACAUGAGAGAGUGCGGGGAAUUAAGGUGUGAAACCGGGGAAGUGUGGGUGCGGGGUAGCAAGUGGCAUGGGGUAGCGAAGGUAGAUCAUGGUGAUGGCUAAGAGAGACAAAGUAUUUUGCUAUUUAAAGAACACAGAGCUGAGCGUUUAUCUUUCAGAUCAGGGGCUUAUUUUACGGGUACGGAUUGAUGAUUGAAUGGAGCAUUUACAUUCAGAAAAUGGGUUAUCAAAAACGGGGUUCAACAAUGGACAGGAAUGGUUGGCAUAGAUAUCAACUACUUUGCAUCAAAAGGAUUUUAUGGUAGGAAACAAGAACACGGUGUACAUAAUUAAGAUCGUUAUAUCCCUCUUUAUAUUUAUUAUAUCUCGUCUAUAUUCUAUUGUUCGGUGGGACACCGAGGGGGGGUAGGUUUUUAUAUCUUUUUCCUAUCUACUUCAUUCAAUUAGACACAGAUACAGGCGCAUCGCAUGGUCUUAGCAUAGCUAUAUAGAUCGAAUCGAUUAUGAAUUUACUACUACUAC